AUGGUUAUGGCACCGACUGCGUGUGUAUCGACUGCUGAAAUAUGCACUUUCAAAAAAAACUAUAUCAAUAGUGCCGACCAUCUCGGUCUGGUCAGCAGUCAUGGCGGGGACAACAAUUUGUUGCAAUCGUCGUUGGCUGCCAAGGAAUUGGUUCUGGAUGUGUUGAGGAAGCGUGCGGCGGAGGUGGAUGUGGAGCACUGUGGUGCUGGUGAGGAGGAUGCUUUCUAUGUGGCGGACAUGGGGGAGGUCUACCGCCAGCAUAUGCGCUGGAAGAUGAACUUGGGCCGUAUCAAGCCCUUCUACGCUGUCAAGUGUAACCCUGACCCGGAAGUCCUCCGGCUCAUGGCCCAGCUUGGCAACGGUUUCGACUGUGCCUCUAAGGCUGAGAUUGAACUGGCUCUUCGGACUGGCAUUGAUCCCAGCCGCAUUAUUUAUGCGCAGCCUUGCAAGACUAAGUCCUACUUGCGCUAUGCCUCUGAGGUUGGCGUUAAGCAGAUGACCUUUGACAAUGCCGACGAGCUAUACAAGAUCAAGGCCACUUUCCCUGAGGCGGAGCUUUACCUCCGCAUCCUGACCGAUGAUUCGACCAGUCUGUGCCGCCUGAGCAUGAAGUUCGGUGCCUCCAUGGACUUGGCUCGCCCAUUGCUUGAAUUGGCUUAUAAAUUGGACCUCAAGGUCGUCGGUGUGAGCUUCCACGUCGGAUCUGGUGCUGAGGAUCCCCGAGCUUUCCUGAAGGCUGUUCAAGAUGCACGCUUGGUCUUCGAUCAUGCCGGAGAAAUCGGCCACGAACUCCACACUCUGGAUGUCGGCGGCGGUUUCUGCCAGGAUACCUUCGAGAAGUUCGCGGGCAUUCUAAGUGAAGCCGUGGAUACUUACUUCCCACCGAACAUCCGUGUCAUCGCCGAGCCCGGUCGCUACUACGUAGCGACUGCCUACACUCUGGCCGCCAACGUCAUUGCACGCCGUGACAUCCCGGAUCCCGUGGAUCCCUCCCGUGACGCUUUCAUGUUGUACCUCAACGAUGGUGUCUAUGGCAACUUCUCGAACAUCAUCUUCGAUCACCAGCACCCGGUCGCUCAGGUUCUCACCUGCGCCUCGGACGACUCCCAGCCUGGUUCUCCGAACUCUGCGACUUCGGAAAACAUUACUUAUUCCAUCUGGGGCCCGACUUGUGAUGGCAUCGAUGUCAUCACCCAGCGCAUCGAGCUGCCUGCUCUGCUGAACACUGGUGACUGGCUCUUCUUCGAAGAGAUGGGUGCCUACACCAAGUGCAGUGCUACUCGCUUCAACGGAUUCUCCGACAAUCACGAGGUGAUCUACAUCUCUAGCGAGAAUGGUGCUUCUGCUUUGCUGAACUACUAG